UAAAUCAAACUGAUUUCGAUUUGUUUGAAUUAAAGCCUCCUUUUAAUGCAUGUGAUUAUCUAUUUUAACAGCGUAAUGACGUGAUAUUUAGGAUAGUAUGCGCGCUCUCGUGCCUUCCAAGCACGAACCGGUUAUAUGUCUUUAUUAAAAUAAUCAGAUAGAUUAAUUUAAUAUGUUUAUUUACUGAUGUGGUUACAGUUGUCUGUGUUUUGAGCUUGGUAAGGUUUAAUUGGGAAAAAAAACGGUUGUGAAUUGCCUACAAUAUAUUUUCCUAUUCAUGUUGUCAAAAGAGAUUGAGAAGUAGGACAGAUUUUAAUACAUAAUUAAUCUCAUCAGGACAAUUUCAGAAAGCACUGUCAUGUCGUGGAUUCGAGAGAGGGAACUCUCCUUUUUAGAAAGGCUCACUGCCAACGUCCUGAAGGCAGGGCCUAUGCCCAAACAUGUGGCCUUUAUCAUGGACGGUAACAGGCGAUUCGCCCAGAAGGCACAUGUGCAGAGGCAGGAGGGCCACUCGCAGGGUUUUGAGAAACUGGCAGAGACGCUCCGCUGGUGCCUAAACCUGGGCAUUCACGAGGUGACUGUGUAUGCAUUCAGCAUUGAGAACUUCAAGCGCUCCAAAGAGGAGGUGGAUGGUCUGAUGGAGCUGGCCAGACAGAAGUUCAGCCGCCUGCUGACAGAGCAGGAGAAUCUGGAGAAGCAUGGUGUGUGUAUUCGUGUGCUGGGAGAUCUGACUCUACUCCCUGCAGAUCUGCAGCAGCUUAUUGCCAAAUCUGUGGUGGCAACUAAAGCACACAACAAGUGUUUUCUGAAUGUGUGCUUUGCAUAUACCUCAAGAUAUGAAAUUGCAAGUGCAGUGAAGGAAAUGGCUUGGGGAGUAGAGCAGGGCCUGAUAAAAUCCAGUGAUGUGUCUGAGGUGCUCCUCAGCGAGUGUCUCUAUAGCAGUAAUUCUCCAAACCCCGAUCUGCUCAUCCGUACGUCUGGAGAAGUGCGUCUCAGUGAUUUCCUCCUGUGGCAGACCUCAUAUUCCUGUCUAGUGUUCCAGUCGGUCCUGUGGCCGGAAUAUUCAUUCUGGAAUCUAUGUGAAUCUGUUUUACAGUACCAGCUGAGUUAUCAAUCUCUCCAGAAAGCUCGAGAUCUGCACAGAGAAGGCCAAGCGCUCCAGCAGAUGGAAGCGGAUCGCUCCUGUGUGGCUGAGCUCCUGCAGCAUCGUGGGAAUGGAAAGCUCGUGGACUCCCAGAGUCGACAGAAAGAACUGCUGAACUACAUCGCCAGCCGAGAGGAGAGGGUUCGCUGCUUUCUCAACGCCCUUCAGCACAAGAGAGACACUUUCUUCAGCGAUUUAAGCAGCCAGGCUGUUGUGGCUUAGCACUGAACUUUUGUAUUUACUGAUCUGUAAAUACUUCAAAUCUGGAAGGAUGUUUUACCCCGUUUUAUGGGGCAGUGGAUAUGUAUGAUUGAUAUUGAAAUAUAAAUGAUCUUAAAUCUUCAAAUAAAUUUUUUGAUUGAUUGA